UCUGCGCAGUGUGGGGUCGUUGCCGGCAGCCGGUCUCCGGGGAGGGGAAGAUGGCCGACAUCAUCCCCGUCUUCAGACGGGCCUGGGCUCAGUUCUGGAGCCACGGCGGCGUCCGCGGCGCCUUCUUCCAAGUCCUGAGAACAAGUGAUCUAAAAACUGGGAAAUUUAUCGGGGAAGAUAAGUAUGGAAACAAAUACUAUGAAGACAAACGAUACUUCUUUGGUCGACAUAGAUGGGUUGAAUACACCGGAGUGAUGAAUGGGAAGAACACUUACUGGGAAAUAGACGGGAGCAUGAUCCCUCCAGAAUGGCACGGUUGGAUUCACUACAGUACCGAGCAUCCACCCACGACACACCCUCCAGCGGAACGGAAGUUUAUCUGGAAAACUCAUCAGUUUAAUAUGAGUGGGACGCCGGGGCAGUACGUACCUUACUCAACGACUCACAAGAAGAUUCAUGAGUGGGUCCCACCACAGACUGGCAAGUGAGCCGGCGUGGCACCAACAUGCACUGUAAAUUAUACCUUCCAUUUCUUCCUCAUUCUGUACCAAUAAAGCAGAAGUGUGGAUAUUU